AUGGAAAAGUCACAACCAAACACGUCCAAACAAACCAAAAAACCACGAAAGCGAGCCAGGGAGUUCAUUGAAGAUUGGAAGUCACGAAGAGAGACAUUCAUGAAGAGAGUUCCUACUCUGAAGAAGAAAGCCGAGGAACUCGCUGAGUUGUGUGGCAUCCCAGUCUGCGUGGUCUAUUUUGGGCUUGAUGGGACGGUCAAUGUGUGGCCAGAAGACCAGACAAAGGCGGAAGCAAUUAUCAUGAAGUACAAGGAAUGUAGCAGCGAUUGUAUGCUGAAGCUAAACCUCUCAGGGAUGUUAGAAACCAUGGACAAGAAAGAGGAGCAGCAGACAUGGCACUUUGUGGGCAAUCAAUUGCACAAGCUUUCACUGGAGGAACUUCAAGAUUUGAUGAGAAACUUGGACUCCAAGAUACUGACUGUGGAGGAAAGAAUGAUUCCUAAUAGGAAAAGCAGUUCAAAUGUUUGA